AUGCGUCUCAAGGCGAUUGUUAUUGCGGUUGGCUUUUGUGCCGUUGGCGCUCAAGCCAAGGAGAAGGCAGUCGAUAUGUCACGCCAUGCGGAGUAUGAAUCGGGAACAGUGAUGGAUCGAAUUAUGGCUCACAAGUUCGAACAAUGGAAAAUCAAACUUGCUAGCGGGGCUCUCAAUAACACCCAAUGGCCUCGUCUCAGCUAUACCAAGUGUGUCAAUGGAUUCGCUGAAGCCGUCCAGGGUGAUGCUUUACAUACUUUCAGGUGCAAGAACAUGGACCUGUAUGACUUCAUCAACCAUGCGACUAUCGGCUCGCCAUUGGCGACCGAGGAAGGAGCAACUGGAAGCUCCAUUUGGGGCUGGACUGACCCCAGGUCCGGCAGAGAGUUUAUCGCUGUGGGGAUGUAUCAAGGAACCGGCCUGGCUGAGAUAUUACCCAAGGGGAGACUGCUCGUUUUGGGUUUCCUACCUGCCCCUGCAGCACUAGGACAGCACGCACUUUGGAAGGAGAUCCGAGCGUACAAGAACUAUAUGAUCAUAGGCAGUGAACUGGAAGACCACGGAAUCCAAAUCUUUGAUAUGCGAAAGCUUCUCACAAUCAACCCUAAGGAAGCGCCCGUCACCUUCUCUAUCGACGACGUAACGGGCCACUUCAAGGACUUGCCUCUUGGGCGCACCCACAACGUCGUUGUCAAUGAAGAACUCCAGUACGCCGUAUCCGUCGGCGCCGUUCCUCGCGAAGACGCUUGCGGUGCCGGUCUCAUCUUCAUCGACCUCAAGGACCCAUCCAAGCCCACGAGACUAGGUUGCAAUGCUCAGGACGGUUAUGUACACGAUGCCCAAUGCAUCCGAUACCGCGGUCCCGACAAGCGCUACCUUGGUCAUGACAUCUGCUACGGCUACAACGAAGACAGUCUUACCAUCUACGACGUCACCAACAAAGCCAACUCCUCCAUCAUCUCCCGCACUUCGUACGACGGCGCAUCCUACACCCACCAAGGCUGGGUGCUCGACCCUUUAAACCAAGAAUACCUCCUGCUGGACGACGAGUACGACGAGAGAGACGCCGUCGGCCCAGCCAAGGACGGGUACCCUGUUACUUAUAUCUGGGACAUUCGCGACUUGCAGAACCUCAAAAAUACGGGUUUCUACAAGGCGACGAAUCGCGGGAUCGAUCACAAUCAGUACGUUAUUGAUGGACUGAGUUAUCAGAGUAGUUAUGGGGCGGGCGUGAGGGUGUACGACGUUUCGAGUAUUCCGGCUGAUCCGACCGGAACCAGUGUGUGUGAGGUGGCGUAUUUUGACAUUUAUCCGGAGGAUGAUGCAGAGCCAGGUGGAGGAACAGUCGAAUUUGCGGGCAGUUGGGCGAGUUAUGGGUAUUUCAAGAGUGGGUUCAUUGCUGUUAACACGUUUGAGAGAGGGGUGUAUUUGGUCAAGAUCACAAAGAGGGAGAGGUGCCAGAGGAUAUAUGCUUAA